AUGGCAUCUAGCUCGGUAACUGGAGAUGCUUCCCCACCGCCCAUCAAGUCACGCCUCGAUCCGAGCUCCUUCCCCGAGAUCAUCGACGAGAUCAUCAAGCAUGCCGACCGCGAAACCCGCCUCGCCGUCCGCGCAUCAAGCCAGGCGUGUCGUGACCGCGUCGACGCCAAGCUCCUCAAGCACGUCAUAGUUGACAACAAAUUCAUCAACAAAGGAGUGUACGCCAUACGCAUCCUAGACCGGGAAGACAUAAGGCUACCCCUGAUUCCCUGGAAGAGCGUCGACGGUCAGGCUCAAUCUGACACCGACGCCCAAUUGUGGCAGCGGAGCCUUGAUGAAGCCCGCCGAUUAAAGCAUAUCAACAUCGUCGACUGCUCCAACAGGUUCCUGUGGCCCGAGAGCAUCUGCUUUCGGGAGCUCAAGCACGUCAAGGUCAUCGACGCGUCUAACUCGUUCCAGUGGCCCACGGAUAUCUACUUGCCAAGCCUCAAGUACACGCGCUUGCACCACACGGAGCGCACGAACCAACCAGCGGCUGAGAGCCUCGUCUUCUUUGUCCGGCUGUUUCCUGCGCAUCUCCCGAGGAUGUACUCGACCGGCGCGAACAACAUUGUGACGUACACUUCCCCUCGCAAGGUCGUUGUGCGCCUUCUUCCGGGUAGCUUCUGCUCCUCCUCGCGUGACCUUGGCGACUUCCACCCCAGGUGGUCGCAAGUCAAGCACCUCGUCGUCAUCGCCCCCACCGGCUUCGGUGAAUUCCCUGGUGGCUGGAAGGGCUUCAACCAGCAGCUCCACCAGCUUUUGGAGAUGAUGAGCAGCAGCCUCGACGGACCCAAGAGCGUGACGUGCGUAGGACUUGCCGAAGCCUUUCUCCGCAUUGCUCGCCACUCCGUGAAGGACAACCUCGACCUGCCCGACGUCGAUGACGUUCUGAACCCCGAGUUUUGGCGGUCGACUUACUUCAACCCCGCUCAGAACGUAUACAACCGAGUGGAGCUCGGCCAGCUCUUGCACACCUUGGAGCACUUCAACGUCAAGUGCGUCACGACAAGCAAGUACAGGGCGAGUCUCACGCCCGAGGACGCGGCUGCCGAGCUGGUGGCGAAUGGAGCCCUCCUUGGGUUCCGCGUUGACUGGUAG